AUGUGCUACUUCUUUACCGGCCUGGCCGACGAGACUCUGACAGUCAAACUAGGCGAGGAAGCGCCAUCAACCUUCGAUGAAGUCUUGCAGAAGGCUAAAAAGGUUAUAGACGGGCAAGAACUACUCAGAACCAAACAAGUUCGGACAAACAAGAGGUCCAACCAGAAGAAGCCAGGUGGCCAAGAGAAGGGAAAGUCUGAUUCUAAGUCUAAGGACAAGGGAUCAUCUCCCCAAGGUCGAUCCGACUAUAGGAGGUCCGACUCGGACUCUAGCAGGAGGGGGCCCUAUGAAAGUUUGGAAAAACUCCUCAAGCGACCUGAUAAGCUUAGAGGAGACCUAGAGAAGCGCAACAAGGACAGGUACUGUCGUUUCCAUCGUGAUCACGGCCAUAAUACCUCGAGUUGCUGGGACUUGGAGCUCCAGAUUGAAGACCUGAUUCAAGAUGGCUACUUCAAAAAAUAUGUAGGCAAGACAGGCGCGAGCUCGUCCGGGAACAAGAGGAAGGAGCUGGCUAGGGAGGCUCGUUGGGAAGUCUGCACCAUUCAAGAGCAGAAGCCGACUUGCCGUAUCUCCUUCUCCGACUCCGAUCUGGAGGGAGUACACUUGUCCCACAACGAUGCCUUGGUGAUCUCGCCAUUCAUAGACCAUGUCCAGGUCAGAAGGGAGCUGGUAGAUGGGGGCGCUUCUGCCAACAUUCUAUCUCUCACCACUUACCUAGCACUAGGAUGGACCAGGGCACAACUGAAGAAGAGUCUGACCCCCUUAGUAGGGUUUGCAGGAGAAUCCGUCACCCUAGAGGGUUGCAUUGAUCUUUCCAUCACUAUCGCCCAAUGUGACACCAAAGUCACUCAGAUGGUCGAAUUCGUGGUAAUAGAUGGGUCAACAGUCUAUGCUUUGGAAGAGCAGUCAAAUCUUCUAAGUUCAGCAACUCAGACUUACGAGAACGAGCUGCCUAAAACCAAUCAGGGGGAUGUGGCGUCACUAACUGAAGAGUUAGAGCUUGUCCCUUUGCUCAACCCAAAGAAACAGGUGAGCAUAGGCACCAAGCUGGGGGCUGCGGACAGGGAAUAA